ACGGGGGGACGAAUUAUGGCGGUGCACACGGCGCCUACUAGCAUGUGUGAGAAAACUUCAAUGGACUGGCCUAGCACUGAUGAACUCUAUGGUGUCAUGUAGCUGUUUAUCUUUUUGCUGAACUACGUUUCUCUCCGAUUUUUCCCGGUCUGGAAACUACAAUGCGUCGCUUCGGUAUACCUGUUUGUAUGCGUCCAAGUAGUUUUUAGCGCUUCUCUGUGUUAUUAAAGAACCAUGUCUGUAUGGGUGUCAGAGGUGGUCAUGAGACGGGGCCUGCGCUUUUGCAGCCGUAGGUCUCUUUGGCAACAGCGCAACUUCCUGUUGUCUGCGCCAAUCAAGGACUCGUGUUCUCCAGGUAAACAGUUCUUCCACCUUUGGAGCUCAAGACAGAGUCAGACGUGGCUUUCUAGAAGUCCUGUCAGUUCAGUGAGGUUCUAUUCACAGGGAGCCAAUCAUGGGGAUGAUCUGGAAUAUGGGGAGCAUCUUCCCUCUCAACCUGCUGACUCAGCAUCAGCUGAGAGAGAGAGGAAGCCUCCUUUCUUGGAGCUCCUGGAGAGCUGCGGCUCCCCGUCAGAUGUGUUAGACCUCACCGGCAAGUACUCGCCCACAGCCCGACAGGUCAGCCACUGCCUGACCCACAUGUGGGCCACCACUAAGAAGAUGACAGAUGAGCAGAGACGCUAUGAGCUGCAGCUGAUGUUUGAGCAUCCCGCUUUUGACCAGCUGCUGCAGAGGGCCAUGAAGACUGUGGUGCACAUUCGCAAUGAGGACGUGACUUACUCUCUCCUGAGUAUGGUCAACCUGGGUGUUCCCCAACGUAGCCGAGUGGUCCAGACUUUUCUCCGAACCUGCCAGGAGAAACUGAAUGACUUUGAUGAGAAGAGUCUGUCCAUCUUGGCAUCCAGCCUGGAGCAAAUGGAGGACGGAGCCAAUGUUCGUGCACUCAAGGAGGGCAUGAGGCUGGUGGUGGAGGCCCGUCUUCCAGGCAUAAAGAAUGUAAUGGCUCUCCAGACCAUGAUGCGUCUGCUGGGAAAAGAUGCCCCAAAGGACCUCAAAUGGAAACUAGAGAAAAAGGCCUUAUCUAUGACAGACCACUUCAGCCUGCCCAACGCCCAAUACAUGAUUUCCACAAUGGCCACAAUGGGCUUCUUCUCUAAGCCACUGCUGGAUGUCUGCAGUAAAAAAAUCACAGAGAACAUCCAUGGUAUCCCCUUCAACAGAUUAUUUAAAUUGCUGCAGUCCUGUAGGGAGCUCCUCUACAGAGACGUUCAUCUGCUCACCAGCAUUUCGGACUAUGUCGCUUCCUCACUGGACAUUUGGACCAACAAACAGUUGCUUCUCUUUCUGUCUGUGUUCGAGAACCUCGUCUUCUGCCCCGCGGCCCUGAUGGAUGCUUAUGCUGACAAAGUGAUCGCCAACCCUGACGUCCUAACACUUAAAGACCUGCUCUGUGUCCUCAAGGUGUACUCCUCUCUGAGCUACGAUCUGCAGGACAGAAGACAACAGUUUCUCGAUAGUCUGAGCCACGUCCUGAGCUCCUAUUUGCCUAAAAUAGCUGCGUUUGAGUUGUUGAAGGCCAUUUACUGCCUCUGUCUGUUGGGCCACUUCCCUUACGCACCACUGGAGCAGCUUCUGCAGAGCAGUGUGCUGGAAAAGCUUGCAGGUUUGAAGUUUCCGAAGAGCCAGGAGAGAAUGUUUCAGAUGGUGGACGUGUGCCUGCGUGUUGACCGUCCUCCUCUUCCUCAGCCCCUAACUGUCCCUGCAUCAGUCCUGGGAGACACCACCCCCAGCACUCCAUCGGUCAACCCUAGGCUCUUGCUGGACUUGCAGAGUCUGCUGGAGGAUCAGGCGCAUACGAUGCUACAGGAGGGCGUGAUGGUGGAGAAUUUCUACUUCAUAGACGCUGCUGUAACCAAACCUACGCCAAACCAAACCUCUGUGUGUGAAGCAAGCAUCGGUGGAGGGGAAGGGUGUUCUCCAGCAGAGAGCAGUGAGCGAAUUGCAGUAAUUUAUGCACCGCAAACUCGUUUUUGUUACGGCACGUCCAAUCCCCGUGGUCCGCUGGCUGUGAAGAUUCGCCAUCUGAAGAUCCUGGGAUAUAACUCUGUCCUGGUAACGGAGCAGGACCUGCAGUCUGUAUCCAAGGAAACAAGGAUAGAUUUCCUCAGGGAACGGAUUUUUCCACAACACCACAGACCCGAAACGCAGCCUGAUGAAAAGGAGCACCUGCGAUCUUAGUGCCAGAUGUCAGCGUUAAAUGGAAGGAAAGAGGCUAAUCAUCAUGAUGACUGACAGGUUUUGUGGUAGUAUUUAAGAAGGAGAAAAUAUAUGAAAGGUUUUAAAAUGACUGUUUAGCUUUGGAUGCAUUUAGCUAAAGAAAGAUGAGGGACACGUGAAGAGCAAAUACACACUUUUCUCAAAGUACUGACAGAAAACAACUUUGAAUGGCUCUUCGAAAUUAAGAGUAAUACUCUUUUGUUUCCAUUAGUAGAUUGUUUCAUCUGUGCACACAUAGUAGGACAUCAUUUUGUAUAUUUUUUUUUAAUUAAAAAGAUGCUGAAAAGA